AUGAGUGCGGAUAGUAUCCGUUUGGUUGCGGUGACAUCAGGAGAAACAGAAGAGCUCAACCAAGAUGGCUUCCCCGACGCCAUCAAGAACAAGAAGUACGGUUCGGAAAGCGACCUCGUGAAAGACCUUGAAGAGUACGAAUUACUGGAUGAUUACAAAUACAUCGCACUGAAUGAGGAAGGAGUGGCAUAUCGUACAGAGAUGCCCACUAUUUUUCACGAGAUGGCAGUGGGUGAGCUCGAAACAAUUGUCUUGCAACGAUGUGGUGGCCAGUUGCUUGUUCGGAAGAACUUUGAAAUGAACUUUCCGGAUGGAACUGCAAAGUACCCAGAUUUGGCGAUUUGGGGAGAGGAGAGAGUGGUGAGACCCGCCAGCAGCAGCACGAUUGAGACCGGCAGUGGCUCACUCAAUCCGGCACCCAAAACAAAGGAAGUCGUUGAGUUGGGGUUCGAGGCGGAAAUGAAUCCACGUGUGAUCAUCGAGUUUAGUUGGACAGACAAGUCGACGGACGAAAUUGCCAAGUUCAAGAAGCAAAUGACAGAUCACGUGGAAUCACUUGGAACGAUCAAUGUCGGGUUUCUCAUCAAUGCAGUUCCAACCAGAGGAACGGCUUUGCCAACCAAGAAAAACCGGGAAAUUCCUAUUUGCGGCUUCAAUGUUUACGAAUUUCGUGGCAAGCGUUCCAAGAUUAUAGAAUCAGAGCCCUUUUUGGAAUACCGCGUUGGGGUCAACGACGAUGCCUUCAUUACCAUUUCAGACGAAGACUUGGAUCGCAGUUCAGAGUCUCCAGAGGUCUAUCACUUUCCGCUUGCUCUCCUUAAGCUUGUUCUUGAACAAAACAAGGCAUGCAAGGUGAAGUUCGAAAAACAGGAAAACGAAUGCUUAUGA